GAGGGGAUGCAUCCCACCCCUGUCAAGGACUUGCCCACGGGCCAGGAGCGCCCGAGCCCCUUCAGCCAGCUAGUGUACACCAACAACGAUUCCUACAUGAUCCACUAUGGGGAUCUUAGAGAGAUCCAUAAAGCUGCCUCCCAGGGCCAAGUCUCAAAGCUACAGAAGAUGACAGUGAAGAAGAAGACGAUCAACCUUAAUGUAAAAGACGCCAAGAAGAGGACUGCUCUACACUGGGCCUGUGUCAAUGGCCAUGCGGAAGUAGUAACAUUUCUGGUAGACAGAAAGUGCCGACUUGAUGUCCUUGAUGGCGAAAGCAGGACACCUCUGAUGAAGGCUCUACAAUGCCAGAGGGAGGAUUGUGCAAAUAUUCUGGUAGAUUCUGGUGCCGGUCUAAAUAUUGUAGAUGUGUAUGGCAACACAGCUCUCCAUUAUGCUGUUUAUAAUAAGAAUUUGUCAGCGGUGGCAAAACUGGUGUCCCAUGGUGCAGUCGUCGAAACGCAAAACAAGGCUAGCCUCACGCCACUUUUACUGGCCAUAACGAAAAGAAGUGAGCAAAUUGUCGAAUUUUUACUGACAAAAAAUGCAAAUGCGAAUGCAGUUAAUAGGUUUAAAUGCACAGCUCUCAUGCUUGCUGUAUGUCAUGGAUCAUCAGAGAUAGUCGGCAUGCUUCUUCUGCGAAAUGUUGACGUCUUUGCUGAAGAUACGUGUGGAAAGACUGCAGUGUGUUAUGCUAUUGCUUGUGGAUUUGAUCACAUUCAUCAACAACUUUUGGAAUAUAUACGAAAAUUAUCUAAAAAUGCCAGGCCAGGUAAGACUUCUGAUAAAGGAACAUCUGCAGGAACACCUGAUGAGACUGCACCCUUGGUGGAGGGAACACCUGACACAGCUGAAAGCUUGGUGGAAAAAUCACCUGAUGAGGCCGUGCCCUUGGUGGAGGGAACACCUGACAAAAUUCAAUGUUUGGGGAAAGCGACAUCUGGAAAGUCUGAACAGUUAGCAGAAGAAACACCUAGAAAAAUUACGAGGCCUGCAAAAGAAACAUCUGGGUAUAAUAUAUGUCCAGUAACAGGAAGACAUACUAAGAUCGCAUGGGAGAAAAAACCAAGACCUGUAAAGACUGAACGCGUGGCAGUAGUAACAUCUAAUAAAACUCAAGUUUCGGAAAAAGGAACAUCUAAGAUGAUUGCAUGUCCUACAAAAGAAACAUCUACAAAAGCAAGUACCAAUGUGCAUAUGAGUUCUGUAAAGUCUAUAUACAGUCAUUUUGACAGACCGCCUAUUGAAAAUUCACAGUCUACAAAACUUGAGGAAGACUUUAAUCCUGCUACCAAGAUUAUCUCUAAGAGUGCUGAACAGAAUUAUAUGUGUUUACCUGGUGCUGCUAUAUAUGAAAAUGAUGUCAUAUAUGAAAAUGAUGUCAAAACAAUAAAUCACAAAAUAGAAGAUCAGAUGAUGCCAUCAGAAUCCAAACAAAAGGAUGAAGAAGAAAAUUCUUGGGAUUUAGAGAGUGUCCAUGAGACUGUUUCACAGAAGGAUGUGUGUUUACCCAAGGCUACACCUCAAAAAGAAUUCCAUACGAUAAGUGGAAAAUCAGAAGAUCAGAUGAUCCCAUCAGAAUCCAAACAAAAGGACGAGGAAGAAAAUUCUUGGGAUUCAGAGAGUGACCAUGAGACUGUUUCACAGAAGGAUGUGUGUUUACCCAAGGCUACGUCUCAAAAAGAAUUCCAUAUGAUAAGUGGAAAAUCAGAAGAUCAGAUGAUCCCAUCAGAAUCCAAACAAAAAGACGAAGAAGAACAUUCUUGGGAUUUAGAGAAUGUGCAUGAGACUGUUUCACAGAAGGAUGUGUGUUUACCCAAGGCUGCACCUCAAAAAGAAUUCCACAUGAUAAAUGGAAAAUUAGAAGAUCAGAUGGUCCCAUCAGAAUCCAAACAAAAGGAUGAAGAAGAAAAUUCUUGGGAUUUAGAGAGUGACCACGAGACUGUUUCACAGAAGGAUGUGUGUUUACCCAAGGCUACACCUCAAAAAGAAUUCCAUAUGAUAAGUGGAAAAUUAGAAGUGGAUGUGAGUUCUGUAGAGUCUAUAUUCAGUCCUUUUGGCAAACCGACUACUGAAAAUUCACAGCCUACAAAACUUGAGGAAGACUUUAAUCUUGCUACCAAGACAGAUUCAACUAGCCUAUCAAAAAGCUUGGAUGCAGUUCCUUCUUGUAAAAGAGCAAGGGAACUUAAAAAAGAUCACUGUGAACAACUUACAGGAAAAAUUGAACGAAUGAAAAAUAAGUUAUGUGUACUAAAAAAGGAACUAUCGGAAGCAAAAGAAAUAAAAUCACAGUUAGAGAAUCAAAAAGUUAAAUGGGAACAAGAGCUCUGCAGUGUGAGAUUGACUUUAAACCAAGAAGAAGAGAAGAGAAGAAAUGCCAAUAUAUUAAAUGAAAAAAUUAGGAAAGAAUUAGGAAGAAUCGAAGAGCAACAUAGGAAAGAGUUAGAAGUGAAACAAGAACUUGAACAGGCUCUCAGAAUACAAGAUAUGGAAUUGAAGAGUGUAAGAAGUAAUUUGAGUCAGGUUUCUCACACUCAGGAAAAUGAAAAUGCUCUCUUACAUGAAAAUUGCAUGUUGAAAAAGGAAAUUGCCAUGCUAAAACUGGAAAUAGCCAAACUAAAACACCAACACCGGGAGAAGGAAAAUAAAUACUUUAAGGACAUUAAGAUUUUAAAAGAAAAGAACGCUGAACUUCAGAUGACUCUAAAACUGAAAGAGAAAACAUUAACAAAAAGGGCAUCUCAAUAUAGUGGGCAGCUUAAAGUUCUGAUGGCUGAGAACACAAUGCUCACUUCUAAAUUGAAGGAAAAACAAGACAAAGAAAUACUGGAGAGAGAAAUUGAAUCAUACCAUCCUAGACUGGCUUCUGCUGUACAAGACCGUGAUCAAAUUGUGACAUCAAGAAAAAGCCAAGGACUUGCUUUCCACAUUGCAGGAGAUGCUUGUUUGCAAGGCAAAAUCAAUGUUGAUGUGAAUAAUACAAUAUAUAACAAUGAGGUGCUCCAUCAACCACUUUCUGAAGCUCAAAGGAAAUCCAAAAGCGUAAAAAUUAAUCUCAAUUAUGCAAGAGAUGCUCUGAGGGAAAAUACAUUGGUUUCAGAACAUGCACAAAGAGAACGAGAUGAAACACAAUAUCAAAUGAAGAAAGCUGAACACAUGUAUCAAAAUGAACAAGAUAAUGUGAACAUACACAAUGAACAGCAGGAGUCUCUGGAGCAGAAAUUAUUUCAGCUACAAAGCAAAAAUAUGUGCCUUCGACAGCAAUUAGUUCAUGCACAUAAGAAAGCUGAUAACAAAAGCAAGAUAACAAUUAAUAUUCUGGUUCUUAAGAGGAAAAUGCAACAUCAUGUCCUAAAAAAGAAAAAUGAGGAGGUAUUUAAUUACAGUAACCAUUUAAAAGACCAUAUAUAUAAAUAUGAAAAAGAGAAACAAGAAAGAGAAGUCAUUGUGAGACAACUUCAAAAACAAUUGGCUGAUCUCAAUAAACAGUGUGUGUCUGAGACUUCACUAGAACUUACAUCACAUUAUCACAUUAAUCACAAAGAUGAGAUAUAGGAUUUAAUGAAGAAAUGAUUUCAAGUCAAAAGUCAAAACUCAUGAGAGACAAGCAGAGACCAGUAAGAAACUUCUUUUGGAGAAACAACAGAUCAGAUCUUUAUUCACAACUCAUGCUAGGAGGCCAGUCCUAGAGUUACCUUGUGUUGGAAAUCUUACCGAUAGUUUGAGUCGACAGAAUACUUAUUUUAGAAGAAAAAUUCAUGAUUUCUUCCUGAAGCCUAUGACAUAAAAUAACAGUGCGAAGAACUACUUGUUCAAGGUUAUAUAAUAGUGUAACAUUGCCAAGAAGUGGAUUAUCUCAUCUUCAUCCUGUAAUUCCAGUGUUUGUCACAUGGUUGUUGAAUAAAUGAAUAAAGAAUGAGAAAGCCAGAAGCUCUGAUACGUAGUCAUAAUGAUAAUUAUUUCAAUGCACAACUAUGGGUGGUGCUGAACUACAAUCUAUAUUUUCUGCAACUGGCUCCUCUAGGAUCUACUAAUGAUUUAAAUCUAAAAGAUGAAGUUAGUAAAGCAUCAGAAAAAAAGAGUCCAAGAGUCCAUACCAUGGGAACCGAUUCUUCAUCUUUUAAGAAUACCAUAUGGAUACUUAUAAAUGGGCAUGAAUUAAGCAACUGGGCCUUUCAACAAUUUUGGAGAAGGCCAUUUCAC